GGGAGACCGACACACCCAGCUAGGCUCAAUCUGCCUGUAUAGCAGCCCAACCCUGCUUGCGCGGAUCACUUAGCCUGCUUCCAAAAGGCAGAACAGAGCCGCUGGCUCCCUGCACAUUAAAAGUGCCCGACCAGGACCACACAGCCUGAGGUCCUCGUGCAAAUGACAGUGCAGAAAGAGCCAGCAAGGUCUUAUUGAAGAUAACGGAAUAAUUAAUUUCAAGAUGGAGAAGGAAGAAGAAGAGACAAGGGAAAUUUUGCUCCCCAACUGGCAUGGAAGUGGGUCCAUGGGUAUUACCCUGGAUCAGAAUGAGGAAGGUGUGUUUGUGAAACAGCUCGUUCAGAAUUCACCAGCGGCCAAAACGGGAAUUGUAAGAGAAGGUGAUCAGAUUGUAGGUGCCACUGUCUACUUUGACAACAUGUCAUCGGAUGAUAUUGAGAGGCUGCUAACUAAUGUAGGACAGCACACUGUGGGCCUUAAACUGCAAAGGAAAGGGGACAGAUCACCCCAGCCUGGAGUGUCCUUGUCUCAUGAUGUCUUCAGCCUAAAAAGCCCUGAUGUUGUUCUGAGUGGCGAUGAUGAGGAAUACAGACGCAUUUACACAAAAAAGAUUAAGCCACGUCUGAAGUCUGAAGAGAUUCUGGAGCCAGAAACACAAACAAGGACAAUCACUGUCACUAGAAAAGUGGCUGCCUACACUGUGGAUGUGACUGGAUCUAAAGAUUGCAAGGAGAUUGACAUCAGCAGUCCUGAGUACAAGAUUAAAAUUCCCAGGCAUGACAUAACCGAAAUUUCCAAAACCAAUGUGGAAACUGAAGAGGACAAAACUAUAAUAAAAAUCCCGGGGACUGACUUUACGGGUAAAACCUUUCAGGUAGAAGGAGAGCAAGCAUUAUUCACAGCCAGAGGUGGUGUCUCUCUGCCUGGAGAUUCAUUAAGUGUUCUCAGCACAACUGUCCACUAUCAUGAGCGUAGCAGGGAAGUGUUUGAUCUUCCUAGUAUUUGCACAGAUUCAAGAGUCCAAGUAACCAGCGUCUCUGACCCAAAAGUUCAGAGUUACACAAGCAAAACUGAUGUGUUUGGAACAGAGCAUGAAGACCUAAACCGCAUUGUUAAAAGAACCGAUUUUGACACUACAAAAGCAAAAUCAAGUGUUGACAUUAGUGCUCCAUCUAAACCAUCAACUAUCUUGCCUGACUUUGAUUACAAAAGAGAAAACGUGGUUGACACCCUUGCAAAAUCUGACAAAUCUGUGUACGGCCCGAAAAUAGAUGCAUCGGAAGUAGAACUCCCAGAAGGAAAGAUAAGAAUACCCAAAUUUCAGAUGCCCAAAUUUGGUAUCUCUGGACCAAAGACAAACAGCGCAACCAGCGACCCCACAACGACUUCAGGAGGACAUGAUUUCUUUGCAUCACAAACUGACAUCAAAAAAGUCUCACAUGAAAGCACAACAGCAAAAGGUCUCUCUGUGGAUAUGAGAGAACCUGACAAUGAUAGUUAUGGGGGGAAGAUUCAGAUCCCUGCAUUUAAAAUGCCAAAGUUUUUUUACUCUGGAACAAAAGGUGGGACUGCAAACAUUGAUUUAAAUGUUCCCCAAGCAGCUGUUGAGACUCCCACCCCUGAAACUGUACACGAAUUUCAGAUUGCAAGCUCACAGUUGGAUGGUAAGAAUAUUGAUGGUAAAGUAAAAGCUCCAAAGAUUGAUCUACCCAUUUCUAUGUCUGAUAAAAAGCUAGACCCAGAGGGUCAGAAAAUGGAAUUUAAAGGUCCAAAUAUCAAUGUGAAGUCAGGUUUAGAAAUUGACAGUGCAGCGGGGAACAUAAAAGGUUCCAAACUAAAAAUGAAAUCAAUGAAUGUUGACCUACCAAAGGUUUCCAUGCCUGAUGUUGGUGAUGUUAAUUUGAAAGGUUCCACUUUAAUAGGGGAUGUUGAUAUUGCUGAUAUAUCUGAACACAAAGUAGACCCUACUGAAAUGGGUAUUAAAAUUCCAAAGAGUGAAGUUGACAUAACUUGUCCCAAGUUUGACAUUAAUACUUCAGAGGUCAAUACUGAUGCUCAAGAAGCCAAGAUAAAGAGUCCUACAUUUAAAAUGCCUUCAAUGAGUAUAGAGUUGCCAAAAGUUUCAGGGCAUGAUGUGGAUCAAAAGGAAACUAUUAUUUCAGGGCCCAAUCUUAAAGGGUAUUUAAAGGAAGCCAAAGUUCAUAUUGAGCGCCCAGACCUUUCAGUUAUGCCAGAUGUCUGCCCUGAUGGCAAACUGGAAGGGUCCAAAUUCAAGAUUCCUUCUAUGCAAGUGUCAAUGUCUAAAAGGGACCUUCAUCUAAAAGGGCCUAAACUGGAAGGGGAUUUGAAAGGUCCUGAGGUUGAGCUUGAUAUAUCAGGUGGAAAGGUAGAUAUUGAAGGUCUACAGGGGAAAGGCAAAGGUCCUAAAGAGGAAGGAGAUUUGAAAGGUGUCAAAGUAGACCUCAAAGGUCCAGACAUGAAUUUAGAGGCACCAGAUGCUGAAUUUAAAGGUUCAGAAGGUAAAUUUAAUAUGCCUAAAUUUAAAAUGCCUACAUUUGGUAUGUCUGGACAAAAAGUUCCAGGUGUAGAUGUGAAAUUGCCAGAAGGAGAUUCAAUGAAUGUCCACUUACCAAAAGUAUCAAUCCCUGAUGUUGAUUUAAACAUUAAAAGUCCUAAGUGGAAGGGAGAUGCAGAUAUGUCCGUACCUAAUUUAGAAGAUUCAAAGAACCCAGAAGUAAACAUAAAAGGUUUAGAGGUUGAAACUGGAGAUGUAGAUAUUGAUGUAGAUGGGAAACUAAGGGGUCCGAAAUUUAAAAUCCCUUCAGUUCAUUUAACCAAAGUGUCCAUGCCUGACCUUGAUACAAGUUUUAAAGAUCCCAAUCUGAAAGGGGAUGUUAGUUUGAAAAAUCCUAAAGCUGAUCUGAAGGCUGACCUAGAUUUGUCAGGUGUUGAUUUGGAAGGUCCAGAAGGAAAGCUAAGGAUGCCAAACAUUAAAAUGCCUAAAUUUGGAAAGGCUGAGGGCCUAGAUAUGGAUGUUACACUACCAAAAGGUGAUAUUGAUAUGACUUGUCCAAAGAUUGAUCUUGAAACUCCUGAACUGGAGAUAGAAGGUCCAGAAGGUAGAGUUAAAGGUUCUAAAUUUAAGAAGCCAACAAUGCAUGUGAAUUUACCUAAAAUGUCAAUGCCUGAUGUGGAUUUUAAUCUGAAAGGUCCUAAAGUGAAAACUGGGAUUUAUACUGUAAAUCCUAAUUUGGAAAGUGAACUAAAAAGCCCAGACGUUAAAUGUCCAGAAGUUGCUUUUGAAGGUCCAGAUGUAGAUAUUGAGGUUUCAGAUGUGAAGGGGAAAAAGAAAAUGCCCAAAUUCCAUUUGCCAAAGUUCAGCUUUUCAGGACCAAAAUUAGAAGGUUCAGAUGCAGAUGUCAAGAUACCAAAAAGUGACCUCAAUAUAUCUGGUCCCAAGGUAAAUAUGGAUACUCCGGAAAUGGAUGUUGAGGGUCCAGAAGGGAAGGUAAAAAGUUCUAAAUUUAAGAUGCCUUCGAUGCAUCUUCCAAAAAUGUCCAUGCCUGAUGUGGACUUAAAUAUAAAAAGUCCUAAAUGGAAGGCAGGAGCAGAUAUUUCAGGACCCAGACUAGAAGGAGAUUUGAAAGCCACAGAACUUGACAUUAAAGCGGUUGACCUUAAGGCUUCUGAUCUGGAAGUAGAAAACCCAGAAGUAAAAGGUAAAAUGAAAAUGCCCAAAUUUCAUCUACCUAAAUUUGGAUGGAAAGGAGAAAGUGCAGACCUAGAUAUGAAAUUGCCAAAGGGUGACACUGACAUAUCUGCUGAUAUGAGAGGUCCAGAAAUAUGUUUAAAGACUCCAGAAGUAGAUCUUACUCUGCCCAAGUUCAGUGUAUCUGGACUCAAAGUAGAAAGUCCAGAUGUUAAACCAAAAAUAUCAACACCAGACAUAGAUAUUAAUGUGAAAGGUUAUGCGGGGAAAGAUUUGGAAGGAGAUCUUAAAGGUCCAAAAGUAGAUCUUGAUAUUCCAGGGGUUGAUGGAAAAGUGAAAGGGCCCAAAUUCAAGAUGCCUUCAGUGAAUCUCCCUAAAGUGUCCAUGCCUGAUUUUGAUUUGAAUUUGAAGGGCCCUAAAGUGGAAGGGGACACAAAGGCUCACAAUGUUGACAUCAAGGUUCCAGAAAUAGAUGUGGAUGUUCCAAAUGUAGAUAUCGAUGGAAAAGUGAAAGGGCCCAGAUUCAAGAUGCCUUCAAUGAAUAUGCCUAAAGUGUCCAUGCCUGAUUUUGAUUUAAACCUGAAGGGUCCUAAAGUGGAAGGGGACAUAAAGGGCCCCACAGUUGACAUUAAGGGUCCCCAGGUAGAUGUUGAUGCACCAGAUGUAGACAUUGAUGGAAAAGUGAAAGGCCCCAAAUUCCAGAUGCCUUCCAUGAAUCUGCCUAAAGUGUCAAUGCCUGAUUUUGAUUUAAAUCUAAAAGGCUCUAAAGUGGAAGGGGACAUAAAGGGCCCCAAAGUUGACAUCAAGGGUCCAGAAUUAGAUGUGGAUGUUCCAGAUGUAGACAUUGAUGGGAAAGUGAAAGGGCCCAGAUUCAAGAUGCCUUCAAUGAAUAUGCCUAAAGUGUCCAUGCCUGAUUUUGAUUUAAAUCUAAAAGGACCUAAAGUAGAAGGGGACAUAAAGGGCCCCAAAGUUGACAUUAAGGGUCCAGAAUUAGAUGUGGAUGUUCCAGAUGUAGACAUUGAUGGGAAAGUGAAAGGGCCCAGAUUCAAGAUGCCUUCAAUGAAUAUGCCUAAAGUGUCCAUGCCUGAUUUUGAUUUAAAUCUAAAAGGACCUAAAGUAGAAGGGGACAUAAAGGGCCCCAAAGCUGACAUUAAGGGUCCCAAUGUAGAUGUUGAUACACCAGAUGUAGACAUUGAUGGAAAAGUGAAAGGGCCCAGAUUCAAGAUGCCUUCAAUGAAUCUGCCUAAAAUGUCCAUGCCUGAUGUUGAUUUAAACCUAAAAGGCCCUAAAGUGGAAGGGGGCAUAAAAGGUCCCAACGUAGACAUCAAGGGUCCAAAAUUGGAUGUGGAUGUUCCAGAUGUAGACAUUGAUGGAAAAGUAAAAGGGCCCAAAUUCAAGAUGCCUUCAAUGAAUCUGCCUAAAGUGUCCAUGCCUGAUUUUGAUUUGAGUCUAAAAGGCCCUAAAGUGGAAGGGGAUGUAAAAGGUCCCAAAGUUGACAUCAAGGGUCCAGAAUUAGAUGUGGAUGUUCCAGAUGUAGACAUUGAUGGAAAAGUGAAAGGGCCCAAAUUCAAGAUGCCUUCAAUGAAUCUGCCUAAAGUGUCCAUGCCUGAUUUUGAUUUAAACCUGAAAGGCCCUAAAGUGGAAGGGGACAUAAAGGGUCCCAAAGUUGACAUCAAGGGUCCAGAAUUAGAUGUGGAUGCUCCAGAUGUAGACAUUGAUGGAAAAGUGAAAGGGCCCAGAUUCAAGAUGCCUUCAAUGAAUCUGCCUAAAAUGUCCAUGCCUGAUGUUGAUUUAAACCUGAAAGGCCCUAAAGUGGAAGGGGGCAUAAAGGGUCCCAACGUAGACAUCAAGGGUCCAAAAUUGGAUGUGGAUGUUCCAGAUAUAGACAUUGAUGGAAAAGUAAAAGGGCCCAAAUUCAAGAUGCCUUCAAUGAAUCUGCCUAAAGUGUCCAUGCCUGAUUUUGAUUUAAAUCUAAAAGGCCCUAAAGUGGAAGGGGAUGUAAAAGGUCCCAAAGUUGACAUCAAGGGUCCAGAAUUAGAUGUGGAUGUUCCAGAUGUAGACAUUGAUGGAAAAGUGAAAGGGCCCAAAUUCAAGAUGCCUUCAGUGAAUAUGCCUAAAAUGUCCAUGCCAGAAUUUGAUUUAAGCCUGAAAGGCCCUAAAGUGGAAGGGGACAUAAAGGGUCCCAAAGUUGACAUCAAGGGUCCAGAAUUAGAUGUGGAUGCUCCAGAUGUAGAGAUUGAUGGAAAAGUGAAAGGGCCCAGAUUCAAGAUGCCUUCAAUGAAUCUGCCUAAAGUGUCCAUGCCUGAUUUUGAUUUAAAUCUAAAAGGCCCUAAAGUGGAAGGGGACAUAAAGGGCCCCAAAGUUGACAUCAAGGGUCCAGAAUUAGAUGUGGAUGUUCCAGAUGUAGACGUUGAUGGGAAAGUGAAAGGGCCCAAAUUCAAGAUGCCUUCAGUGAAUAUGCCUAAAAUGUCAAUGCCUGAUUUUGAUUUAAGCCUGAAAGGCCCUAAAGUGGAAGGGGACGUAAAAGGUCCCAAAGUUGACAUCAAGGGUCCAGAAUUAGAUGUGGAUGUUCCAGAUGUAGACAUUGAUGGAAAAGUGAAAGGGCCCAAAUUCAAGAUGCCUUCAAUGAAUCUGCCUAAAAUGUCCAUGCCUGACUUUGAUUUAAGCCUGAAAGGCCCUAAAGUGGAAGGGGACGUAAAAGGUCCCAAAGUAGACAUCAAGGGUCCAGAAUUAGAUGUGGAUGUUCCAGAUGUAGACAUUGAUGGAAAAGUGAAAGGGCCCAGAUUCAAGAUGCCUUCAAUGAAUCUGCCUAAAAUGUCAAUGCCUGAUGUCAACCUGAAAGGUCCUAAAGUAGAAGGGGAUUUGAAGGGACCCAAGGUUGACAUUAAAGGUCCAGAACUAGAUGUGGAUGUUCCAGAUGUAGACAUUGAUGGAAAAGUGAAAGGGCCCAGAUUCAAGAUGCCUUCAAUGAAUCUGCCUAAAAUGUCAAUGCCUGAUUUUGAUUUAAGCCUGAAAGGCCCUAAAGUGGAAGGGGACGUAAAAGGUCCCAAAGUAGACAUUAAGGGUCCAGAAUUAGAUGUAGAUGUUCCAGAUGUAGACAUUGAUGGAAAAGUGAAAGGGCCCAAAUUCAAGAUGCCUUCAGUGAAUAUGCCUAAAAUGUCAAUGCCUGAUUUUGAUUUAAGCCUGAAAGGCCCUAAAGUGGAAGGGGACAUAAAGGGUCCCAAAGUUGACAUCAAGGGUCCAGAAUUAGAUGUGGAUGUUCCAGAUAUAGACAUUGAUGGAAAAGUGAAAGGGCCCAAAUUCAAGAUGCCUUCAAUGAAUCUGCCUAAAAUGUCAAUGCCUGAUGUCAACCUGAAAGGUCCUAAAGUAGAAGGGGAUUUGAAGGGACCCAAGGUUGACAUUAAAGGUCCAGAACUAGAUGUGGAUGUUCCAGAUGUAGACAUUGAUGGGAAAGUGAAAGGGCCCAGAUUCAAGAUGCCUUCAAUGAAUCUGCCUAAAAUGUCAAUGCCUGAUUUUGAUCUAAGCCUGAAAGGCCCUAAAGUGGAAGGGGACGUAAAAGGUCCCAAAGUUGACAUUAAGGGACCAGAAUUCGAUGUGGAUGUUCCAGAUGUAGACAUCGAUGGAAAAGUGAAAGGGCCAAAAUUCAAGAUGCCUUCAAUGAAUCUGCCUAAAAUGUCAAUGCCUGAUGUCAACCUGAAAGGUCCUAAAGUAGAAGGGGAUUUGAAGGGACCCAAGGUUGACAUUAAAGGUCCAGAACUAGAUGUGGAUGUUCCAGAUGUAGACAUUGAUGGGAAAGUGAAAGGGCCCAGAUUCAAGAUGCCUUCAAUGAAUCUGCCUAAAAUGUCAAUGCCUGAUUUUGAUCUAAGCCUGAAAGGCCCUAAAGUGGAAGGGGACGUAAAAGGUCCCAAAGUUGACAUUAAGGGACCAGAAUUCGAUGUGGAUGUUCCAGAUGUAGACAUUGAUGGAAAAGUGAAAGGGCCCAGAUUCAAGAUGCCUUCAAUGAAUCUGCCUAAAAUGUCAAUGCCUGAUUUUGAUUUAAGCCUGAAAGGCCCUAAAGUGGAAGGGGACGUAAAAGGUCCCAAAGUAGACAUUAAGGGUCCAGAAUUAGAUGUAGAUGUUCCAGAUGUAGACAUUGAUGGAAAAGUGAAAGGGCCCAAAUUCAAGAUGCCUUCAGUGAAUAUGCCUAAAUUGUCAAUGCCUGAUUUUGAUUUAAGCCUGAAAGGCCCUAAAGUGGAAGGGGACAUAAAGGGUCCCAAAGUUGACAUCAAGGGUCCAGAAUUAGAUGUGGAUGUUCCAGAUAUAGAUAUUGAUGGAAAAGUGAAAGGGCCCAAAUUCAAGAUGCCUUCAAUGAAUCUGCCUAAAAUGUCAAUGCCUGAUGUCAACCUGAAAGGUCCUAAAGUAGAAGGGGAUUUGAAGGGACCCAAGGUUGACAUUAAAGGCCCAGAACUAGAUGUGGAUGUUCCAGAUGUAGACAUUGAUGGAAAAGUGAAAGGGCCCAGAUUCAAGAUGCCUUCAAUGAAUCUGCCUAAAAUGUCAAUGCCUGAUUUUGAUUUAAGCCUGAAAGGCCCUAAAGUGGAAGGGGACGUAAAAGGUCCCAAAGUAGACAUUAAGGGUCCAGAAUUAGAUGUAGAUGUUCCAGAUGUAGACAUUGAUGGAAAAGUGAAAGGGCCCAAAUUCAAGAUGCCUUCAGUGAAUAUGCCUAAAAUGUCAAUGCCUGAUUUUGAUUUAAGCCUGAAAGGCCCUAAAGUGGAAGGGGACAUAAAGGGUCCCAAAGUUGACAUCAAGGGUCCAGAAUUAGAUGUGGAUGUUCCAGAUAUAGAUAUUGAUGGAAAAGUGAAAGGGCCCAAAUUCAAGAUGCCUUCAAUGAAUUUGCCUAAAAUGUCCAUGCCUGAUGUCAACCUGAAAGGUCCUAAAGUAGAAGGGGAUUUGAAGGGACCCAAGGUUGACAUUAAAGGCCCAGAACUAGAUGUGGAUGUUCCAGAUGUAGACAUUGAUGGAAAAGUGAAAGGGCCCAGAUUCAAGAUGCCUUCAAUGAAUCUGCCUAAAAUGUCAAUGCCUGAUUUUGAUUUAAGCCUGAAAGGCCCUAAAGUGGAAGGGGAUGUAAAAGGUCCCAAAGUAGACAUCAAGGGUCCAGAAUUAGAUGUGGAUGUUCCAGAUGUAGACAUUGAUGGAAAAGUGAAAGGGCCCAAAUUCAAGAUGCCUUCAAUGAAUCUGCCUAAAAUGUCAAUGCCUGAUGUCAACCUGAAAGGUCCUAAAGUAGAAGGGGAUUUGAAGGGACCCAAGGUUGACAUUAAAGGUCCAGAACUAGAUGUGGAUGUUCCAGAUGUAGACAUUGAUGGAAAAGUGAAAGGGCCCAGAUUCAAGAUGCCUUCAAUGAAUCUGCCUAAAAUGUCAAUGCCUGAUUUUGAUUUAAGCCUGAAAGGCCCUAAAGUGGAAGGGGACGUAAAAGGUCCCAAAGUAGACAUCAAGGGUCCAGAAUUAGAUGUGGAUGUUCCAGAUGUAGACAUUGAUGGAAAAGUGAAAGGGCCCAAAUUCAAGAUGCCUUCAAUGAAUCUGCCUAAAAUGUCAAUGCCUGAUGUCAACCUGAAAGGUCCUAAAGUAGAAGGGGAUUUGAAGGGACCCAAGGUUGACAUUAAAGGUCCAGAACUAGAUGUGGAUGUUCCAGAUGUAGACAUUGAUGGAAAAGUGAAAGGGCCCAGAUUCAAGAUGCCUUCAAUGAAUCUGCCUAAAAUGUCAAUGCCUGAUUUUGAUUUAAGCCUGAAAGGCCCUAAAGUGGAAGGGGAUGUAAAAGGUCCCAAAGUUGACAUCAAGGGUCCAGAAUUAGAUUUGGAUGUUCCAGAUGUAGACAUUGAUGGAAAAGUGAAAGGGCCCAAAUUCAAGAUGCCUUCAAUGAAUCUGCCUAAAAUGUCCAUGCCUGAUGUCAACCUGAAAGGUCCUAAAGUAGAAGGGGAUUUGAAGGGACCCAAGGUUGACAUUAAAGGUCCAGAACUAGAUGUGGAUGUUCCUGAUGUAGACAUUGAUGGAAAAGUGAAAGGGCCCAAAUUCAAGAUGCCUUCAAUGAAUCUGCCUAAAAUGUCAAUGCCUGAUUUUGAUUUAAGCCUGAAAGGCCCUAAAGUGGAAGGGGAUGUAAAAGGUCCCAAGGUUGACAUCAAGGGUCCAGAAUUAGAUGUGGAUAUUCCAGAUGUAGACAUUGAUGGAAAAGUGAAAGGGCCCAAAUUCAAGAUGCCUUCAAUGAAUCUGCCUAAAAUGUCCAUGCCUGAUGUCAACCUGAAAGGUCCUAAAGUAGAAGGGGAUUUGAAGGGACCCAAGGUUGACAUUAAAGGUCCAGAACUAGAUGUGGAUGUUCCAGAUGUAGACAUUGAUGGAAAAGUGAAAGGGCCCAAAUUCAAGAUGCCUUCAAUGAAUCUGCCUAAAAUGUCAAUGCCUGAUUUUGAUUUAAGCCUGAAAGGACCUAAAGUGGAAGGGGACGUAAAAGGUCCCAAAGUUGACAUCAAGGGUCCAGAAUUAGAUGUGGAUGUUCCAGAUGUAGACAUUGAUGGAAAAGUGAAAGGGCCCAAAUUCAAGAUGCCUUCAGUGAAUAUGCCUAAAAUGUCAAUGCCUGAUUUUGAUUUAAGCCUGAAAGGCCCUAAAGUGGAAGGAGACGUAAAAGGUCCCAAAGUUGACAUCAAGGGUCCAGAAUUAGAUGUGGAUGUUCCAGAUGUAGACAUUGAUGGAAAAGUGAAAGGGCCCAAAUUCAAGAUGCCUUCAAUGAAUCUGCCUAAAAUGUCCAUUCCUGAUGUCAACCUGAAAGGUCCUAAAGUAGAAGGGGAUUUGAAGGGACCCAAGGUUGACAUUAAAGGACCAGAACUAGAUGUGGAUGUUCCAGAUGUAGAUAUUGAUGGAAAAGUGAAAGGGCCCAAAUUCAAAAUGCCUUCAAUGAAUCUGCCUAAAAUGUCAAUGCCUGAUUUUGAUUUAAGCCUGAAAGGCCCUAAAAUGGAAGGGGACGUAAAAGGUCCCAACGUUGACAUCAAGGGUCCAGAAUUAGAUGUGGAUGUUCCAGAUGUAGACAUUGAUGGAAAAGUGAAAGGGCCCAAAUUCAAGAUGCCUUCAAUGAAUCUGCCUAAAAUGUCUAUGCCUGAUUUCAACCUAAAAGGUCCUAAAAUAGAAGGGGAUUUGAAGGGACCCAAGGUUGACAUUAAGGGUCCAGAAUUAGAUGUGGAUACUCCAGAUGUAGAUAUUGAUGGAAAAGUGAAAGGGCCCAAAUUCAAAAUGCCUUCAAUGAAUCUGCCUAAAGUGUCCAUGCCUGAUAUUGAUUUGAAUUUAAAAGCUCCUAAUUGGAAGGGGGAUGCAGACCUAACAAUUCCAAAGGUAGGAGGAGACUUUAAAGGUCCAGAAAUUGAUCUAGAAGCACCAGAUGUUAAUAUAGAAGGUCCUGAAGGAAAGCUGAAAUUACCUAAAUUUAAAAUGCCAAAGUUUGGUUUCUCUGGACCCCACAUAGAGGAUCCUUCUAUACUUUUGCAUAGUGACAUCAAUGUACCAAAGGUAGAUAUGUCUACUCCAGAUUUGGAAAUAGAAGGACACGAGUGUAAAGUGAAGGGACCUAAAUUUAAAAUGCCAUCAAUAAAUGUAAAUUUACCAAAACCAACCUUGCCGGACAUUGACAUGGAUUUAAAAACUCACAAACUGAAAGGAAACUUAGACACAACUGAUCAAAAUCUGGAUGUUAACUUGAAGGCUCCAAAAGUUGAAAUUCAAAGUCCUGAAAUUGAUACUCCAAGUCCUAAUUUAGCUGUUGAUUUGCCAGAAGGAAAUGUAAAAAGCUCCAAGUUCAAAUUACCUUCAUGGGGAUUCUCUAAACCCAGUGUUUCAAUGCCAGAUGUUGACCUUAGUGUAAAGAGCCCAAAUGUAAAGGGUGGCAUUGAUGCUUCUAUGCCCAAGGGAGGAAGCCUUAAAGGUCCUGCCUUAGAAAUCAGUGGUCCUAAAGUAGAUGUCGAAAUCCCAGAGGCAAAGGUUAAAAAAUCCAGAUUUAAAUUGCCAAAGUUUAACUUUUCUAGUCCUAAAAUACAGGUACCUACCACAGAUGUAAAACUUCCAAAACCUGACUUGGAGGCCAGUGGUGUCAAUGUAGAUAUUGCACACCAAGAGGCAAAAGUUAAAGGUUCCAAAUUUAAAAUGCCCUCAUUAAACAUUACAAGUCCUAAAGUUUCUAUGCCUGAUGUUGAACUAAACGUAAAAGGACCCAAAGUAAAAGGAGAUGUGGAUGUUACAACUCCAUCAAUUGAAGGGGAUUUAACAGGACCAAAUCUGCAUAUGAAGGUACCAGAUGUAGACCUUGAAACUCCAGAUGUUGAUAUAGAAGGAAAAGGAAAAUUAAAAAUGCCAAAAUUCAGCAUGCCCAAAUUUGGGUUUUCUGGCCACAAAGGGGAAACUUCUGAUAUUGAUAUUAAGUUGCCAAAGGGGGGCAUUGAUAUAUCUGGUGCAAAGGUAGAUAUAGAAGCUCCAGAGUUGGACAUUGAGGGUCCAGACGGUAAAAUAAAGGGUCCUAAGCUUAAGAUUCCAUCUGUGGAUGGUAAUUUAACAAACAUAGCCAUGCCUGAUUUUGAUUUAAAUCUAAAAGGCCCUAAAGUGGAAGGGGACAUAAAGGGCCCCAAAGUUGACAUCAAGGGUCCAGAAUUAGAUGUGGAUAUUCCAAAUGUAGACAUUGAUGGAAAAGUGAAAGGGCCCAAAUUCAAGAUGCCAUCAAUGCAUCUCCCUAAAGUGUCCAUGCCUGACUUGGAUUUCAACCUUAAAGGACCUAAAGUAGAAGGGGAUUUGAAGGCUCCCAAUGUUGAUAUUAAGGUACCCGAGCUAGAUGUUGAUACUCCCGAUGUAGAUAUUGAUGGAAAAGUGAAAGGAUCAAAAUUUAAGAUGCCUUCAAUGCAUCUUCCUAAAGUAUCCAUGCCGGAUAUUGAUUUCAAUCUGAGAGGUCCUAAGAUGGAAGGGGAUUUGAAAGGACCAGAUUUUGAUAUAAAGGGUCCUAAAGUAGACGUACCAAAUGUAGAUAUUGAUGGAGAAGUGAAAGGGCCAAAAUUCAAGAUGCCUUCAAUGAAUCUCCCUAAAGUAUCCAUGCCUGAUGUUGAUUUCAACCUGAAAGGUCCUAAAGUGGAAGGGGAUAUUAAGGGUCCCAAAGUUGAUAUUGAUACUCCAGAUGUAGAUAUUGAUGGAAAUGUGAAAGGGCCGAAAUUCAAGAUGCCUUCAAUGCAUCUACCUAAAGUGUCCAUGCCUGACUUGGAUUUCAACCUGAAAGGACCUAAAGUAGAGGGGGAUUUGAAGGCUCCCAAUGUUGAUAUUAAGGUACCUGAGGUAGAUGUGGAUACUCCUGAUGUAGAUAUUGAUGGAAAAGUGAAAGGGCCCAAAUUCAAGAUGCCUUCAAUGAAUCUCCCUAAAGUGUCCAUGCCUGAUUUUGAUUUAAACCUGAAGGGUCCUAAAGUGGAAGGGGAUUUGAAGGGACCCAAGGUUGACAUUAAGGGUCCAGAAUUAGAUGUUGAUACUCCAGAUGUAGAUAUUGAUGGAAAAGUGAAAGGGCCCAAAUUCAAGAUGCCUUCAAUGAAUCUCCCAAAGAUAUCCAUGCCUGAUGUUGAUGUUAAUUUAAAAGGCCCAAAGUUAGAAGGAGACCUUAAAGGUCAACAGAUGGAUAUUAAGGCCCCGGAUGUUGAUCUUGAGGUACCAGAUGUAGAUAUUGAUGGAAAAGUGAAAGGACCCAAAUUCAAAAUGCCUUCAAUGAAUCUGCCUAAAAUGUCCAUGCCUGAUUUCAACCUAAAAGGCCCUAAAGUGGAAGGGGACGUAAAGGGCCCCAAAGUUGACAUCAAGGGUCCAGAAUUAGAUGUGGAUGUUCCAGAUGUAGAUAUUGAUGGAAAAGUGAAAGGGCCCAAAUUCAAGAUGCCUUCAAUGAAUCUGCCUAAAGUGUCCAUGCCUGAUUUUGAUUUAAACCUGAAGGGUCCUAAAGUGGAAGGGGAUUUGAAGGGACCCAAGGUUGACAUUAAGGGUCCAGAAUUAGAUGUGGAUACUCCAGAUGUAGAUAUUGAUGGAAAAGUGAAAGGGCCCAAAUUCAAGAUGCCUUCAAUGAAUCUGCCUAAAGUGUCCAUGCCUGAUUUUGAUUUAAAUCUAAAAGGCCCUAAAGUGGAAGGGGACAUAAAGGGCCCCAAAGUUGACAUCAAGGGUCCAGAAUUAGAUGUGGAUGUUCCAGAUGUAGACGUUGAUGGGAAAGUGAAAGGGCCCAAAUUCAAGAUGCCUUCAAUGAAUCUGCCUAAAGUGUCCAUGCCUGAUUUUGAUUUAAAUCUAAAAGGCCCUAAAGUGGAAGGGGACAUAAAGGGCCCCAAAGUUGACAUCAAGGGUCCAGAAUUAGAUGUGGAUAUUCCAGAUGUAGAUAUUGAUGGAAAAGUGAAAGGUCCCAAAUUCAAGAUGCCAUCAAUGAAUCUCCCUAAAGUAUCUAUGCCAGAUAUUGAUUUUAAUCUGAAGGGUCCUGACAUGGAAGGAGAUUUAAAAGGAACAGAUUUUGAUAUAAAGGGUCCUGAAGUAGAUGUACCAGAUGUAGACAUUGACGGAAAAAUGAAAGGGCCGAAAUUCAAGAUGCCUUCUAUGAAUCUUCCUAAAGUAUCCAUGCCUGAUUUUGACUUGAACAUGAAAGGCCCUAAACUUGAAGGGGAUAUAAAGGGUCCCAAAGUUGACAUUAAGGGUCCUCGGGUAGAUAUGGAUGCUCCAGAUUUAGAUAUUGAUGGAAAAGUGAAAGGGCCCAAAUUCAAGAUGCCAUCAAUGAAUCUCCCUAAAGUAUCCAUGCCCGAUGUUGAUUUAAAUCUGAAAGGUCCAAACUGGAAAGGAGAUGCAAAUAUGUCAGGUCCCAAGAUAGGAGGUGAAAUAAAAGGUCCUAAAGUUGACAUAAAGGGUCCAGAUAUGGAUGUAGAUAUGCCUGAAAUUGAAUUAAAAGGGCCAGAAGGAAAACUAGAAAUUCCUAAAUUUAAAAUGCCCAAAUUUGGUGUUUCUGAAACCAAAAUGGAAUGUCCUAAUAUUGAUGUAAAUGUUCCAAAAGGUAAUCUAAAGAUAGCAGGCCCAAAUGUGGACUUUGGAGGAAAGUUGGAAGGUCCACAUGUAGACCUUAAACUUCCAAAAUGUGAACUGGAUACGUCAGGUCCAAAGUCAGAGCUAAAUAUUCCAGACAUGGACAUUGAGGGCCCUGAGGGUGAUUUGAAACUAAAAGUAAAAAAACCAAAAUUUGGAUUUGGCACAAAGUCGCCCAAAGCAAAUGUGAAAACACAAUCUGACACCAUUACUGCAGAUGUAGAAUUGGAUGCAGACAUCCCUGAUGUAGACCUAGGAGUCAGAGCAAAGAAAAGCAAGUUUAAAAUGCCCAAGAUUCAUAUGAGUGGUCCUAAAAUCAAGGGGAAAAAAGGAGGAUUUGACGUAAUUACUCCUGAGGCACAGAGUGACAUAAAUCUGAAUGCCCCUGAUGUUGAUAUCAACGUUUCAAGUGGGGCUUCAGAUCUUGGCAUAAAGGCACCAAAAACCCGCAAACAAUUUUUUGGAAAAAUCAAUUUCCCUGAUGUAGAAUUUGAUCUCAAAUCUCCCAAAUUAAAAGGAGAUGGAUCUUUGCACAGCCCUAAACUAGACUCAAAAGCUGCUGAUUUGGACAUCGGAGGUGAUAUAAAAAUAUUAGAAGGUAAUUUGUCAUCACCAGGAGUUGGUGUAGAGGGUCCUGAUAUUAAGGUAAAGAAACCAAAAUUCAAGCUACCUACUUUUAAUACAUCAGGGUCAAAGGAACCUUACACGGACCACAGUCUAUCUGGACCAAAGCUUGCAGGGGACAUAAAUGGUCCUAGCAUGGAUGCUAAUAUAAGUGCCACAGGUAUUACUAUUGAGCCACCUGGUAUUUCAGUAGAAAAUUCAGUACCAAAUAUUUCUGUUCCAGGUUUAAAUGUAAACUUGAAAGGACCAGAGACUAAAGGAAAUAUAGAUGUUUCUGGAAAUAUGAUCUUAGACCCCCCAAGUACUGGUGUGUCUGGUGAAAAAAUUAAAAUACCCAAGUUCAGUAUGCCUGAAUUUGGGGUUUUGGGCUCCUCUGUGAGUGGACCAGCAACUAGCAUUGAUGUUGGAGCUCCAGAACUUAAAAUGUCAGGGUUGGUUGAAGAUCUGAAAGGCCCCUCUAUCAGGAUUCCCGCUGUUGAUAUUUCAGCUGCAAAGGUUUCCAGUCCUGAUGUUGAGAUUGAUAUUAAAGGACCAACAUCUGAAAGUGAUAUAGACCUUUCUGGUAAUUUGAAAAGGCCAAAAAUUGAUAUUAGGGUGCCCAAUAUUGAUACUAAAGUCUUAGAUGCUCAGGGCAAAGUGCCUCAGGUAGAACCGUCAGGCUCACAAUUUCAGAUACCAGAAGUAUCUAUUCAUGGAACUGAUACACGUUGGGGAGAAAAACAGUUUAAAGGAACAGAAAUUGUAAAUAUAUCUGGACCAAAGGUUGAGGGAGGCCUUACUAGAACACAAGCAGAGGGACAAAUACGGUUGAGUAGUGCUGAUGAAUAUUUAGGUGAUUCAGUUGGGAAAGUUACUUUCCCCAGACUCAUGAUGCCUAAAUUUAAAAGUUCUGGACCAGAGAUGACUGGAAGGGAGGUAGGAGUUGAUGUCAACUUCCCAAUAACAGAUGAACGUGUUGGGAAGUCAGGUCAGAUUGAUACUGAAUUAGAAGAGGGUGAUAUCAAGAUAAAAAAGUCAAAGAUAAAAAUGCCCAAGUUCAACUUCUCAAAAGCAAAGGGAAAAAAUGAUGCCAGUCUUCCAGAUGUUUCAAGUGUGGGCUCUGUUGAUGGGGGUCUAGGGUCUGCUACUUUAGAAUUGGAGAGUGGAGUUGGUAUCUCCCCAAAGGAGAAGACCCCAAAGUAUGAGUUUUCCUUGUUUACUAGCAAAAAGACAAGACAUAGAACUUCCUCUUUAAGUGAGGAAAACGAUGGUUCCACUCAAUCUUCACCAAGUGGAACCCUGGAGGCAGAGGGAAGUGAAGUUUCUGUGGAGCCUGGCAAGAAAAAGGGGAAGCAUUCUAAGAUCAAAUUUGGCACAUUUGGGGGUUUAGGAUCUAAGUCAAAGGGUUCUUAUGAGGUCACAUUAACUGAUGAUGAAAAUGUCCAAUAUAGUGGGGCACCUUUGUCCUCUAGUAAGUCAAGAGUGUCCUCAUCAUCAAGCAAUGACAGUGCCACCAAGGCUGAGUUUCAGCUACCCAAGGUAGAAGUGAAUGUUGUUAAAAAGAAAGAAUAAAGUUGUCUUUUUUCCCUCCUCACCCAAAGCAUGUAUAUAAAUAUAUAUGUCUCUGUGUAUGUAUAUACAUUUUUGCAAGCUAAUACAGAUUUUCAAAAGGUAACCAAAAGUAAUUAAUCACACAUAUAUACAGUUGUGUAAUUCUGUAAAAGUUUUAACCUUUUUCAAGCAGGAGAAAUGUAUUAUUGUACAAUGUCUCUGCAGGUGAGGUACUUCGCUAUUUUGAUUUAACUGUACGUGGAAAUAUAUUUUUCCAUAUAUAUAUUUUUAUAUUGCUUACAGCUAUAUAUUUUUUCAUUUGUGUGCUUUACAAAAAAAAUCAGCAGUUUUAUUAAAUACACUGUAUUAGUGCAUUGAAUCAAUGGGAAUGUUAAAAUUCUGGGGAUUCACAGAAGAAGUCUAACACCAGUGGUUACAUUUAUACCUGUUACAUUUGAAUAAUUAUGUAAAUAUGUUCUACUACACAGUUUAUGCAAAUCACAUUGCAUUUUUGUGUCUCUAAUUAAAUAUUCUUUUAUUGUGUUUUUCUCUUUCGGCCCAUGAUUUUUCUUUUCAUAGUUAAUUAUUUUUUAACAAAAGCAUGGCAAAAUGCAAAAUGAUGACAAUGAAGUAACUGUGCAUGUAUAGAUUUUAUUUCUUUACGUAAAUCUGCAGACCAUUUUCUUUGUUUUUGAAAUAUGUUCUACAUUUUUUUUUCAUUUACAUUUUGCUCAACAGAGAGGGUGUUAGGUUUACAUAAUUCUGUCAUUAUGUAAUUCUAACAGUUCCCCAGCAAAAAGUCAAUAUAUAUUCUGCCCUCCAUACCCCAUUGUUCAAUGCACUUUUUUUGUAUUAUAAGAUUUUCUCAAGCUAUCAAUUUUCAUAAUCAAAUGCUGCAUGUCAAUGGUUUAUUUUGCUCUUUUGGUUGGGGGAGAGAGGGUGAAACUUUGUUUCCAUUUCUGGUUAUAAACAAGAAACAAUAAAAUGGUUUUAACUUCCAAAAUCUGUAAACACUUUAAAGGAAAUUCAUUAUGAAGUGUGUGACAGUGGAUUUUCUCAAAGCAAAAUAAAGCUUCUAACUUCAA